AUGAUUGUAGUACUGACCUUUUACCAGCACGCGGCAACACUGAGCCACACUCUGUGGUCGGAACCCUCGUGUCGGAACUUUCGCUCUGCUCUGCUGUACCGUCCGGGCCUCACCGCAGCACACAUCAUGUCGGACGCACAUCAGGAGGACUCUCUCCGGGAGUUUCGGGCGGUUACAGACGUUGACGAGGACCGGGCGCGCUUCUUCUUAGAGUCCGCGGGCUGGGAUCUCCAGCUCGCUCUGGGGAACUUCUUUGAGGACGGAGCAGAUGAAGAUGACAUCGUCACACUCCCACAGCCUGAAGGAGGUUCUUCUGUGUCCAGACCCACUGGUCCCAGUGCCCAGCCCAGAGUCACCUCCUUCAGAGACUUGAUGCAUGAGGCUGAAGACGACAGUGAUGAAGAGGAGGGUCAAAGGUUCUUUGCUGGGGGCUCGGAGCGCAGUGGGCAGCAGAUUGUGGGACCUCCAAAGAAGAAGAGUUCUAAUGAAGUGGUGGAAGAUCUGUUUAAAGGAGCCAGAGAACAUGGGGCUGUUCCACUGGACCGCAGCGGGCCCCCAGGGGCCCCCAGCCGGGCACAGGCGUUUUUGGGCGGAGGCUAUCGUCUGGGUGCGGCGCCGGAGGAGGAGUCUGCGUACGUGAGCGGAGUGAGACGAGGACACAGCCACAACCAGGACGUGAGUGUCCUCUGUCCUCUCUGUGUCCUCUGUCCUCUGUGUCCUCAGUCCUCUCUGUGUCCUCAGUCCUCUGUCCUCUCUGUGUCCUCUGUCCUCUCUGUGUCCUCUGUCCUCUCUGUGUCCUCUGUCCUCUCUGUGUCCUCUGUCCUCUCUGUGUCCUCUGUCCUCUCUGUGUCCUCUGUCGUCUCUGUGUCCUCUGUCCCAUCUGUGUCCUCUGUCCUCUCUGUGUCCUCUGUCCCCUCUGUGUCCUCUGUCCUCACUGUGUCCUCUGUCCUCUCUGUGUCCUCAGUCCUCUCUGUGUCCUCUGUCCUCUCUGUGUCCUCUGUCCUCUCUGUGUCCUCUGUCCUCUCUGUGUCCUCUGUCCUCUCUGUGUCCUCAGUCCUCUCUGUGUCCUUAGUCCUCUCUGUGUCCUCUGUCCCCUCUGUGUCCUCUGUCCUCUCUGUGUCCUCUGUCCUCUCUGUGUCCUCUGUCCUCUCUGUGUCCUCUGUCCUCUCUGUGUCCUCUGUCCUCUCUGUGUCCUCUGUCCUCUCUGUGUCCUCUGUCCUCUCUGUGUCCUCAGUCCUCUCUGUGUCCUCUGUCCCCUCUGUGUCCUCUGUCCUCACUGUGUCCUCUGUCCUCUCUGUGUCCUCAGUCCUCUCUGUGUCCUCAGUCCUCUCUGUGUCCUCUGUCCUCUCUGUGUCCUCAGUCCUCUCUGUGUCCUCAGUCCUCUCUGUGUCCUCUGUCCCCUCUGUGUCCUCUGUCCUCUCUGUGUCCUCUGUCCUCUCUGUGUCCUCUGUCCUCUCUGUGUCCUCUGUCCCCUCUGUGUCCUCUGUCCCCUCUGUGUCCUCUGUCCUCUCUGUGUCCUCUGUCGUCUCUGUGUCCUCUGUCCCAUCUGUGUCCUCUGUCCUCUCUGUGUCCUCUGUCCUCUCUGUGUCCUCUGUCCUCUCUGUGUCCUCAGUCCGCUCUGUGUCCUCAGUCCUCUCUGUGUCCUCUGUCCUCACUGUGUCCUCUGUCCUCUCUGUGUCCUCAGUCCUCUCUGUGUCCUCAGUCCUCUCUGUGUCCUCUGUCCUCUCUGUGUCCUCAGUCCUCUCUGUGUCCUCAGUCCUCUCUGUGUCCUCAGUCCUCUCUGUGUCCUCAGUCCUCUCUGUGUCCUCAGUCCUCUCUGUGUCCUCAGUCCUCUCUGUGUCCUCAGUCCUCUCUGUGUCCUCAGUCCUCUCUGUGUCCUCAGUCCUCUCUGUGUCCUCAGUCCUCUCUGUGUCCUCUGUCCUCUCUGUGUCCUCAGUCCUCUGUGUCCUCAGUCCUCUCUGUGUCCUCAGUCCUCUCUGUGUCCUCAGUCCUCUCUGUGUCCUCAGUCCUCUCUGUGUCCUCAGUCCUCUCUGUGUCCUCAGUCCUCUCUGUGUCCUCAGUCCUCUCUGUGUCCUCAGUCCUCUCUGUGUCCUCAGUCCUCUCUGUGUCCUCAGUCCUCUGUGUCCUCUGUCCCAGGUCCAUGUUGUCCUAAAGCUGUGGAAGAGUGGCUUCAGUUUAGACUCUGGAGAACUGAGAAACUACAGCGACCCGUCAAACGCCAGCUUCCUGGAGGCCAUCCGCCGAGGAGAGAUCCCCCUGGAGCUGAGGCAGAGGGCCAGAGGAGGACAGGUGAACCUGGACAUGGAGGACCACAGGGACGAGGACUUCGUCAAACCCAAGCUGGUCUUCAAGGCGUUCGGAGGAGAAGGGCAGAAGCUGGGCAGCGCCACGCCUCAGCUGGUCCCGCCCACUUCCUCUCACAACGACCAAUCUGCAGCUGAGUCUGAGGCGAGUGCCGCUGUGGGCGUCGACCCGUCUGCACCAAUCACAAACAUCCAAAUCAGACUGAGUGACGGAGGGAGACUGGUGCAGAGGUUCAACCACACACACAGGGUAGCAGAUCUGCGGAGCUUCCUGGUGGCGGCGAGGCCCUCGAUGGCGGCGCAGGAGUUUGUUCUCAUGACGACGUUUCCAAACAAAGAGCUGGAAGACGAGAGUCUCACUCUGAGUGACGCCAACCUCCUGAACGCUGUCAUCGUGCAGAGGCUGAAAGCCACUAUCCCCCGCUGCACACACGUGUCUCUCCCCGCGUCUCUGAGGAUGUCUCUGUACCCGUCUCUGGAGGACCUGAAGGUGGACAAGGUCAUGAAGGCUCAGAUGUCUCACUCUUCUGGUAUGAUGCCCACUCUCCCCCAGGGCACGUACCAGGCUCUGCCCCAGGGCACUUACCAGGCUCUGCCCCAGGGCACUUACCAGGCUCUGCCCCAGGGCACUUACCAGGCUCUGCCCAUGAGUGUUCCUGCUGCUGCCUCCACCCUGUACCCUGACCUGGGAGACCUCGGGGACUACAUGGGACUGUCCCUCAACAGUGAGGAGCUGCAGAAGAACCUGGCCUUGGUCCCUGCGGUCGACAGUCAGGUGGCGCUGUCCCCGUCCUCUGGGAUGGUCGCCCCGGUGACCGGGUCAGAUCUGGGGGUCAGGCGAGCUGAGAUCCGACCCGGGAUCCGAGAGGUCAUCCUGUGUAAAGACCAGGACGGACGAGUGGGACUGAGGCUGAGGGCUGUGGACAACGGUGUGUUCAUUCAGCUGGUCCAGGCAAACUCCCCUGCUGCCCUGGCAGGUCUCCGCUUCGGGGACCAGGUUCUGCAGAUCAACGGGCAGAAUGUGGCCGGAUGGAACGUGGACAAGUCCCACAAGGCCCUAAAGACCGCGGCCGAGACCCGCAUCGAGAUGGUGGUCCGAGACAGACCCUUCCAGAGGACCGUGACGAUGCAUAAGGACAGCUCGGGACACGUCGGCUUCAUUUACAAAAACGGGAAAAUCACGUCUUUGGUGAAAGACGGAUCUGCAGCUCGCAACGGACUCUUAACAGAUCACUACAUCUGUGAGAUCAACGGGCAGAACGUGAUCGGACUCAAGGACUCUCAGAUCAAAGACAUCCUGAACUCCUCCCCCGGCGCCAUGACGAUCACCGUGAUGCCAAAGGUCAUCUACGAACACAUCAUCAAGAGGAUGUCCUCUGGUCUGCUCCGCUCCGCCAUGGACCACUCAGUGCCCGAGUUUGAAAUAAAGACAUCAGAGCCCCGCCCACAGAGCCAUAGAAGGGACUUCAGUCGUCAUGGUGACUGCGACUGUCCCAACGAGGGGACGACCUCUCACUGCAGAUGA